CAGGCCAUGCUACAUCAGUUGGGCUCCUGGAAGUAAAAUAAACAACAUUUUAGAAUGGGACAGCAUCUUUUCCAAUCAAUCGAGGUUGGGCCAUGCAGCCGAAGAGGUCUAAAGUAUGAUGGUGUGUGCUAUUUUCGCAUUUGUUGGAUUCCUGAUUGUUGAACAAGGAUGCAGUGAAACAGUCCCAGAAUUCACCACUAGAAAUGUCACAUGCAAAUGGGCAUGUGAGGUCUCCGAGAAAUUCUGCCCGAUUAUUUUCAGAAAACAGACCAAACCGAACAUGUACAAAAAGAUGACGUGUGAUUUAUGUCUACAAAAGAACAGCUGGUUGUUAUUGAACGAGACUAUAACUCCAAAGAGUAUGAGAGGAGUAUUAGUUGUACAUUACCCGCCAGGAGAUUUUUACUUGGAAAAAUACUGCUGUAAAAAGUGUAAACCAAUGAGAAGACGUUCAGGACUGAGAUGUAAAAAAUGUCAGUAUGUAAGGUGGUUGUUGGGUACUAACCCUCACUUUACCCAAGUGAUAUAUCCGGGAGAUGAAGAGGAAAUAAAAAUUGCAACAUCGAGGAAAUGAGUGGGAUCUCACAAUAGAAGAGGCGAACCUUAUAAGUAUAUUUAUAUGGGACAUAAUUUCAAUAAUUCCAUUUGGAAAAUGUCCAAACAAUUCUGUAUGCUCAACCUUUUCUUCUUAAAAACAUCUAAUAAUUUUCUGUAAAAUUCUAGUGUGGUGUGUGGUUAGCUACACACAUGACAAAGACAAUGUGUGGACAAUUACAUUUAGGGGGUGAAUUGAUGAAUAUUUUCAAAGAUUUGCAUCAGAUUUUCAGUGGAAUUUACUGAAAUUGAGUAUAAUAUUCUUGUGUAUGGAACAGAUCUAUACUUUCUCAGGUAACAUCACUGUUGAGCAGAUAAUCAAAAGAUGGCGUAUAACAGUUGUAAUAUUAUUUUGUAAGAAACUUUGAGGAAAUAAAUCUCCGUACAACCCAAGGUUAACAGAAAUUUUUAUUCAUAAUUGUGUUUGAUAUUUUCAAUCAAUGUACA